GGCCGUUACCAGGAAGUGCUCUCGUGAUGUCAACAGCUACACGGGGCUGUCGACAUGGAACUUGGAGUGUUGUUCGUUACAAAACGUUGCUCUCGGGUUUAAACUCGCCGGUUUUAGAAUGAGAGCCGUUAGCCAUACAGCUGUGUUGCUGUCCCUUUUGCUGUUGUUCGUAAAUCCGUGCGCACCAGAGCGAGCUGAGAGGGAAACCCCGUUGGACCUGCGUGAGAAAGAUGACGGAGGGGAUGUGAAUCCUAAUGAUAACACUCCAGUUGAAAACCAGCAGACAUUAAUAAAACAUGAAAAUAAAGAUGAACUACAGCCAAACGGAGAAACGAAAGAGAGGGACGGACAAUCUGUCAGUAAGUCCAAUGAUACUGAAAACAACAGCAAUGAGACAAUCCACUCCACCAAACCUGCUGUCAAGCCGACGACCCCGGCACCCCCAACCGCCAAGCCCAUUUUGCCCAUGCAGACAGGGGUCGAGGCCCAAGAAGAAGAGCAGUCCAGCGGGUUGACCAUAUUCUUCAGUCUGCUGGUUAUUGGUAUCUGCAUCAUAUUGGUGCACCUGCUUAUCAAGUUCAAGCUGCAUUUUCUUCCAGAGAGUGUGGCUGUCGUGUCCCUUGGGAUUCUAAUGGGAGGCUUCAUUAAGAUCAUUGAGUUCCAAGAACUGGCCAACUGGAAGGAGGAGGAAAUGUUCCGACCCAACAUGUUCUUCCUUUUGCUCCUGCCGCCCAUCAUCUUUGAAUCUGGAUACUCUUUACAUAAGGGCAACUUUUUCCAGAACAUUGGCUCCAUUACGCUCUUUGCUGUGAUCGGCACAGCUAUCUCUGCCUUCAUAGUCGGAGGGGGUAUCUAUUUCCUUGGGCAGGCUGAUGUGAUCUAUAAGAUGUCCAUGACUGAUAGUUUUGCCUUUGGCUCACUGAUCUCAGCAGUGGACCCUGUAGCUACCAUUGCCAUCUUUAACGCUCUCAACGUGGACCCUGUCCUCAACAUGCUGGUGUUUGGUGAGAGCAUCCUCAACGAUGCUGUCUCUAUUGUCCUCACAAACACAGCGGAGGGGUGCUUUUCCCGCUCAGACAACUCCAUGGUAACUGGCUGGGAGACCUUUUUGCAAGCGCUGGGAUAUUUCCUUAAAAUGUUUUUUGGAUCUGCUGCCCUGGGAACCCUCACUGGACUCAUCUCAGCUCUUUUUCUAAAACACUUCGAUCUGAGGAAGACUCCUUCACUGGAGUUUGGCAUGAUGAUAAUCUUUGCGUACCUUCCCUAUGGCCUGGCCGAAGGCAUCAAACUGUCAGGAAUAAUGUCCAUCCUGUUUGCGGGAAUUGUGAUGUCUCACUACACCCAUCACAACUUGUCUCCUGUCACCCAGAUCCUCAUGCAGCAGACCCUGCGCACAAUGGCCUUCAUGUGUGAGACAUGUGUGUUUGCCUUCCUCGGUCUCUCCAUCUUCAGCUUCCCUCAUAACUUUGAAAUAUCCUUCGUCAUCUGGUGCAUUGUCCUGGUUCUUCUUGGCCGAGCAGUGAACAUCUUCCCUCUUUCAUUCCUGCUGAACUUCUUCAGAGACCACAAGAUUACACCCAAAAUGAUGUUCAUCAUGUGGUUUAGUGGUUUGCGAGGGGCGAUUCCCUAUGCGUUGAGCCUUCAUCUGGGCCUGGAGCCCAUUGAGAAACGGCAGCUAAUUGGCACCACCACCAUCAUCAUCGUACUCUUCACCAUCCUACUCAUGGGGGGUGGGACCAUGCCGCUCAUUCGCCUCAUGGACAUCGAGGAAAGCCAGUCGCGGCGUAAGAACAAGAAAGACAUCAAUCUCAGCAAGACAGAGAAAAUGGGUAAUACCAUUGAGUCAGAGCACCUAUCAGAACUGACAGAGGAGGAGUAUGAGGCUCAGAUCUACCAUAGACAAGAUCUGAAGGGUUUUAUGUGGCUUGAUGCUAAAUACCUUAACCCCUUCUUCACUCGCAGGCUCACCCAAGAGGACCUGUUACAUGGCCGGAUCCAGAUGAAGACCCUGACCAACAAGUGGUACGAAGAAGUCCGGCAGGGGCCCUCAGGCUCUGAAAAUGAUGAAGAUGAAGCAGAACUUCUGUGAACUGAACACACAGUUUAUAUGAAAACAAUGAAUGGACAUUGUGUGUCCUGGGCUGAGGGAGGGAGAGAGAGAGAAAGAGAGGGAGAGGUAGAGAGAGAGAGAGAGAGAGAGAGAGAGAAGACAAGCAGUCUUUUCAGUGUCAGUCACAUGCACUUCUCGUUUGUUCACCUGCCUCCAACUUCAUGUGACAGAAGAGUCUCAGUCGGUGCCCACAGUACAUUUUUAGAACACAAAGUGGGCGAGAAAAGUGCCAGUAAAACUGGUCUUGAGAAUGAUGUCCCUUAUAUGAAUGCCAUAUUGUUACUUGCUAAAGAAAUCUUUUCCCAGGCAUUUCUUUUUUUAACGGUUUUGAAUUGAAGACUGCAGGGAAGCUGAGAGGGAAGUUUUCUAUGUAAAGCAAUACUACACAUCCUGCACAUUUUCACUUUUUCUCUUUACCUUUGUAUCUGUUCACUGCUACUGUACACGAUGCUAGCUUCUUUAAGCUCUGCUGGCAUUUUUACUUUGUGUCAGGUGAAGGAAACAACAUAAUGUCGAUAAAGGCUCAGUUUUAAUUUUAAAGUGGAAUUUGUAAGCCACAGGUGGUUACUUCGAAUAACUUCCUGCUUAACUCGAUUUAAUUCUCCCCAGGUCUUCACAUUUGUAUGCAUUAAUGAUUCUGAGCUAACACAUAUAUUCAUACAUAUGUUAUGAAUAAUAAAUGCUAGAAGUGACACAUUAUCUACCACUACACCCUCCAGCAUCAACGCAACAAAGAGAAAUGCAGGAAAGUUAAAAGUGGCACGUGUAACAUUAUAAAAUUAGCUUAAAGGAGAAUAAUUAUGCUCCAGAAAAUUGGAAAUUGCUUUUCUUUCCAAGUAUGGUUCCAGUUUGGUCCUACAUGAACGUUUCUGGGUUUAUAUUCAUUCUCAUGCUUCUACAUUGUGUAUGAAGUAGAACUUGAAAUAUUGCUGUUGUGAUUUUCACUGUGGAUUUCUAAUGAAGAUGGGCACCAAUGAAUGUGUGGGUAACUGGAAAUAAUGUCUUGUGAAUGUUUAUGUUUUUUAUUUAUUUAUCAAAUGUUUAUGUGAUGUUUGUGGGAUAAAGGCUUUUAUACUAGCUCUAUGAGCACUGCAGAAUUAGAGAAAAAAAUCUAGAAUAAAACAAAUUGACAUCCUA